AUGACGGGAGUCGUUGUUGACUCUGGUGAUGGUGUCACGCACAUUUGCCCUGUCUACUCCGGCCACACCAUGACCCACUUAACGAAACGUUUGGACGUCGCUGGUCGCGAUAUUACUCGCUAUCUCAUCAAGGUACCGUCAUUUCAGUCUCGAGGCUUGUUUUACUGGACUCUUUUGUUUUACAUUUACUGGCUUUUUACUCCCUCCGUAACCGUGAAGGCGUUUCUAAGAGGCCUGUCUCACCUCGCCGUAGUUAGUAUCCUAUCCUCGCUGAGUAUAUGUUUGAAAAUGCGUAUAAGUAUAUCGUUUAUAGUUUAUAGUUUUAGUUUAAGUAGUUAACUACUGACUGUAUACGUCUCAGUUUUUGACAUUCCAACUUGAUGCCUGAAUAAGAUAACCUUAUCCUUAUGGAUUAAUGGUAUUAGCGCACUCUACAUGCUCCCACCGCAAAAACAAAAGCAGCAACAGUGAAGACGAAUUAUGACUCUAAUGCUAAAGUGAUGGCAAAUAAGGGUCGAUUGAAAUAUAAAGGAUUGUAUUUUGCCUUUUUACAAAGUGUAACUAUCUACGUAUGACCCGGGCUCAUAAAACGCUGCGACUUACCAUGCGCAGCACAUAAUUAUAAAAAAAAUGAGCGCGGGGUGAUCGGAUGCAAGGUGUUAACUCGUCACCAAUGUGCGUUACUUACAAAAGCAUUCUUCAAAACGGUUGGUUUCCGAAGGAGAUCGCGCAUGGCAGGUGAACCAUGUGUGCAACUGCGAGGCGACCAGCUCAUGCGAAUAAGCGAGUUCCAGGUAGUACCUGGGGAGAAAUAUACUCGGUCGUUUAAAGUAGAGCCCUAUUGGUUUGGUUAUGCGGGUUCAUGUCCGAAUGCCAAUUUCCAACGCUGUUGAUGAAGGUUCGGCACCUAAUGAUUUCACUAUGACUGGCCAAAUAAUUAUUACGCUAAUCGCGUACACCCGGAAUUACUUCUUGUCAGUCGGGGGUUGAGACGCCAGGCUAACGAAGCUUUUGUCCCAGUGAUCAGGCGGGCCUCUCAGAGUGUGAGAUUAUCAACACACUUCUUUCCCUGAGUUGUUUGAACCAAAUUUUUUGGGGAGGGCUAUUGUCAACUAGUUUUGAGUACAGCGGCCUCGAGUGUUGCCAUUUCAGUCUUAACUGUGCGAAGUGGGAGUUUUGCCUCAAAUGACCUGUAUUGCAUUUCUUCGUUAAGUCUGCCGAACAUCCAGGUGAAAUUGCAUCCCCUGUAGGGCUUUGCUUCUGAUCUCGGUAGGGCUGAAUACAUUUUAUUUUAUCAAUUUGCUGGAAAGGCAUAAAUUGGACUACUCAUUAGAUAGUAUGUGUUUUGCCCAAAGCCAAAAGAAGUGCACUUCAUAUCGUUUGAUGCUCAGUCUUCCCUAGAUUGUUUUUAACCAUUAUUCUCCACAUAAAUUUACGAGUUUUUUAUCGCUUGUUUACGUUUCCAGAUGAUGAUAGUAGUGGUCGUGGUGGCGACGGCGGUGGUGGUGUUGAUGACGAUGAUAAUAAUAAUACCAAUUACUUUUCCUCUCUUUUAGCUGUUGCUUCUUCGCGGCUAUGCCUUUAACCAGACGGCUGACUUUGAAACAAUCAGGCAAAUGAAAGAAAAGCUCUGCUACGUAGCAUACGACUUGCAACAGGAGCAGAGUCUUGCACUCGACACCACCGUGCUGGUUAAGAAGUAUACGGUAACUCACAGUCACUUUCGUGUCCUUCAUUGCCCCCCCCCCAUAGUGCAACUCUCGUCUCGGUUCUCAUACGUGUCAUUAGACAACUUCAUAGUCCGAAAGUGCCACCGAGAAGCACAAUUGACAGACGAGUGGUCCUUCCUAGCCAUCCUCAGCCACUCAUGCCCAACCCCGGGCCAGAAAUUCGAACUCGAGAUCUCUUGUCAGGUGCCCUUAGGUCAACAUUUCCCUCAUCCAAACACUAGCUCACGUUCUCUCAACCGUUACUGCAAAUAAUCCCAGUCAUGUAAGACGGAGGUUCUCCGAUCCGUCCCAGUUACGGGGCGGUAGGCAGUUGACUCCGCUUUGCCUUGGACCUCCGGUCACGCCGAUACGAAUUCAACGACACGGUCUCACCAAAAAUGCUAGGUUAGCAUAACUACCGUGGUUCUCAUUGUGUUAGCCAGCAGUACAUCUCAAUUAUUGCUCGCCUGUGCCAAUGCGACCGCUAUCAAGGAGUCUACUAGAGCUCCGUGGUAAGACUGAACGUCUGUACAGUCCAAUCAGAUCGGUAAGGACGACUGCCAAUGGAUUUCACGUAUCUAUCGAGCCUAUUCAAUUAAGGCCUAUCAUCAGGUCACCGUAUUUUUUAGUCAUGCUGGAAUGCAACUUUUUCUUUUCGAAUUACUACCAAUUUAUAGACAUUUUUUGCCAAGGUCCCCAGUAAGACACAUAAGAAUGACUAACUCAGUUUACUAGGAUGUAUGCCAUUAUUUUCUGUACAUGCAAAAUCUCUCAUUCUGAAUCGUUGCUUCUUUGGUGUUAUUUGGGAGUAUCUCCCUCUUCUUAUCUCUGCCAUUCUUACGUUCACGCCUCUCGUUUUUUGCCUCCAACUCCCAUUCUCUCACAUGUUAUGUUUUCAGCUCCCGGACGGCAGAGUGAUUAAGGUUGGCGGGGAACAGUUUGGAGCGCCGGAGGCGCUUUUCCAACCGAACCUCAUUGACAAUGAAAGUCCAGGCAUCUCCGAAAUGCUCUUCAGCACAAUCCAGUCUGCGCCGAUAGAUACGAGGGCGGAGUUCUACAAGUACAUUGUCCUGAGUGGGGGCAGCACAAUGUACCCCGGCCUGCCUAGUCGCCUAGAGAAGGAGGUCAAACAGUUGUACACGCAGAAUGUUCUGAAGGGAGAUCCGAAGGGUCUAGCGGUAAUUUCUCCUGUGCUGAUUCUUCAGAGGUCAUGCUGUUCCUUCCGUCUCGUUUGUGUAUAGCAGGCACUUUCUGAAUUAUUUUUUAAAUUUUCUGCCGCAAGUCAACGAGAAUAAUCACUAAUCUCACUCGGAAGUCUGACGAAUCCAACGUUGGCCUUGCUGUUUUAUGGCUGUGCCGCACCGAGUUUAAAAUUGCCGCUUUUGAGUUCGAAUGUAUAUGCACAUAUGGGGGUAGCGACAAGGAUAAGGGGGUCAAGGAUGGCUGUUCCUGGCUCGUUGACCAUCCUCGGUCAGCCACCCGAGUUCUUUCGCAAGGUUGUCAGCUUUAUUCUGCAAUUUUUUGACGCCCUUCCCCCAGGCCGUCGUCAGACAGAGCAAACGAGGAAGUCGGUAGAUGUUUUAAACAUACCUACAAACCUAUACUUGUCUGGCGUUUGCACCAGUGGGCAAUCGCCGUAUAUCAUCGUCUCGUUUGGAUUGACUGCCGUCUUCCGUUUCUACUUGGAAUGUUUGUACGCGGCAUCCAAUCGAUGCAUGACUCAUCCGAGUGGGUAGCGUCGAGGGACUCUCGGCCAUUUUUAAAUGAGUAGACGCCAGCUAUGUGCAUUUUCUUUCAAGCGAAGGUUUGCCCAGUAUCCAGGCUGUGCGUGACUACUUGAGACAGGCGGUCUUGCCCCUUUACUGCCAAUUGAUGUUCAUGAACACGUGCAGAGGCACAUAUCUUCGCUUGAGCACAGUAGACUGCAUUGUAGGAACUGCGCGGAAGUUUGUGGACAACUUCUUUCUUGUCCAGAUAGCCUAGUCCAUCCUAAGGGUGAACAAGCUGGUUAUGUAACGCAGUCUUUGUUUGGGGCGUUACUCUUAUUUUGGACUUCCUCCGGUGUCUUUAAACGCAUUAAGACGCGUUAUUGAUGUGAGGAAGCAUCCACCGCCUACAGCCUCACUAGUCUACUACCUCCUUCCUCUCCAACACAGCGAGCCGUAAUUCUACUCCAUUCCUCUCUUCGAAAUCUACCGUACCUCUACCCACUCGUCUCAUCUGUAUUACUUUGGUGGUCUCGUCUCUAUUAUUUCACCUGACGACGGAUUGGUCUUACCAGAUUGAAAAUCCACCAGUGCAGUAGAUAUGCUAUCUCAUGAACUAUUCGCCGGAAUUAUGAAGUGUGCUUUCAAUUCGAAAAGAUUUCUUAAGUAGCUUCGUCGUAUUAGUUAUCGCGUAUCAUAAUCCCAAAAUAUGUCAGUCGUGUCAGGAUGUGCUGCCGGCUUCCGAACAAGCUCCUUAUUGGCUGCCUUAAUAAAGGACAGUCCUCAAGAAGUGACUACCUAAGCAAUAUGAAGCUUCCCCCUGGAUUUUCGAUGCCCUUAUGAAUUUGAGUAUAUUUUAUAGGAAGCAUGCACAAAAUAUUCUCUCUUGUUCAUUAGGUAGCGAGUUACGCCUUCUUCCAAUUUUAUACUCGAAGGUGGAGUAUAAUUCGGUUUUGAAAACUUUUUCAAGUCCGAAUAAUUUUGAACUCGACCUUCUGUUGCACCUGCAUUCAGGGUUUUCUAACUACAAGCUGUAUACCUUUCGUGCAGGAAGAUCAUAUCUCUCUACGUUCUGUUAUAAAGAGGACAUAUAAGGCUUAUAGAAUUUUGUAAUGGUUGUAAUUUGUAAAUUCUGUAUGACUAGAUAUUUCACGGUCUUAAAAAAUCUCGGAAACUUCAAAACUGAAGGAUACUUCUUCGCCAAGUACAAACUUUGAAGAAGACUGAGUUUGCUACAGAAUGACUGCAAGGAAGAAUAUCUCUGGGCACGUUUUCUACAAAAUUCAUUUGAAUUUACAACGGCGUUGAAAAUCUGUGGCGAAAUUUCAUGCUACAUAAGUGGUCGCUUUUUGCCGACUGUGGUUUAUGCAGGCGGUCAAUAAGAAGCUCGUUCGAAAGUCGGCUUCCUGACGUGACUGACAUAUUUUUUGGAUCAUGCUGUAAGGCGAUUAGUAUUACAACCCUUUUCAAGUAUUUUUUUCAAAUUAAAAACACAUUUCGGAAUUCGGUUAAUAUUUCAUGAGUUAGCACGUCUACUGUACAAUUUGAUUUUUUCGAAUCACCUCGUUUUCUUUGUAUUGCCUAAAAAUGCAUACUACUUCAGUCCUACAACAUAAAUAUGUCUUUGUCAAUUAAUGCCUAACUUUUACCCACUAAAACGACAUAUAUCACGGUCUUAGUAAAUCUGCAUAUUUGCGUAUUUGCGCCUAUUAUUGUCUAUAAGUCACAUUUUAAAAUACUGACGUCACGUAUUUUAUGUACCUGUGUUUUGCUUUAGAGCUAUCUUCUGAAAUAUGCAUUUAAAUUUCCAAAACCUCAGCUGUAGAGGUAAUUUUGUCGCUAUACUGGCACUCAGUUCGAAUGUACCUACCCCCAUACGCCGUGCGGAUACCUAGGCACUGUCUUAGCCUCCUGUAUCCGAGACAUACCCCACCCUGAAUUUUAGUGGUUGCGUUGCAUCCACCUGGAGACGACAGUUUGAAAUCCGACGUGUUAGUGUUGUCAAGUACACGGGUUACCUGUCGGCUUCACUCAGUUCAGUAUUCUCACGGACCAGGAAUCAACAACAGGUGUUUAUUAUCCGUGUGCGUGCUAACCACUACGUUGUCGGCCGCUACAUUGGUGGCAGCGGUGGGGUGGAGGGGAUUACACACCGCCCCCCCCCCCUUCGCCACCAACCCACCCAAACAGUACUGAGGAUAGUGCUGCACCUAAGGGGAGGCAAUGUAACGCACAUUUGGUUGAACAGGUUGUUUAAAUGAGGUGAAAGACACUUGGGAGCGAACCCAGGAUGGAGACGGUGUGAUGGAGUGUCAGUUGCUGACCCUCAUCUCCGCAGUUAUCGUCGUCGUAGAUCUUGUGUUCUCCCUCAAAGUCAACAUGCCCACGUCCGUCCUCUGCACUUCCCAUCGGUGAUCUAACAGACACGACAGAACGCUCCCCAUUCUAGACGGGGUCAUAGUAUAUGUAACACCCCCUUUCACUUUACAUUGUACCCUUAUUACCCACUUACACAGCUACUGUCUUGGAACGGGUUUCCUAUGUUUACGCCACUUCUAAUGACCUCAGCAUGUGUGUUCGGCCUGAUGCUCACCAACCCUGUCCAGUAUUCUCACCGACCAGGAAUCGACAGCAGGUGCCUACUACCCGGGUGUAUGUGCCGACCUCUACGUUGUCGGCCGCUAUAGUUGUGCGUUCGGCUGCCUGCCGUAAGGGUAGGGGGUGACUUUUCCGUAUCCAUCUUUAGUUCGACUCACACCUAAACUGGUAUUGCAACCCUGCUUUGACCUAAUUUCAGAAAUUCAAAAUCCGAAUUGAAGACCCGCCACAGCGCAAACACAUGGUUUUCUUGGGUGGAUCAAUCCUCGCGCGCCUGUUGCAGCAGGGAUCAACGGACUGCUGGAUCACUAAAAAACAGUAUGAGGAGGAGGGUGACCGCGUGGUGGCACGCAUGGAUGCACGCUAA